AUGUCUUCUACACCUACGGCCGGCCCUUCUCGAAGUGCCAAGCCCAAUUCAGCAGCAUCAAAAGCCCCAAGAGCCUCUGAAUGGACAGAAGCAAGAUCUAGCGAAAGCAGCGGCGACGAUGAUCAGCAGGCAGCAAGAACACGACUUCCUCUUUCAACUUCCCCCCUAGCAGAUACCGGAUCCGGCAGUGGGGUUGCUGGUGCUCGACCCAACGCAGACGCCCUCUCGUAUGCGCUCGCCACCCUGAGCAUGGAUCUACCACUCAUACCCAUGGAGCAGCUACCAACUUGGGCGAGACGCAUGCCACGGAAGGACCCUAUGACCUCCCGACACAUCCCAGCCCUAUUACAACAUCGUAUACCCGCACAUGUCAACCCUACCUUGACGGGCGCCGCCGCUGCUUCCCAACCUUCCCACCAGCUCCCUCCACCCCGUCAAGACGAUGCCAUAAUAUGGUUCAUGGCGCCUUCCCCUCCCAGCGGUCCCGGUCACCAUCUCCCAACCCUGUGCAGGCUCGAAAUCCCUCAAGAUGACAGGACAACAGAACAGGAGUGGAAACUGCGGUGCAGGGAGGUGUCCCACAUGGUUCGCCGGGUCAUGAAGAUCCGGGCGCGGGGUGGACCGCCUCGCCCUGCCAUGCGGACGAAUGAUCCAACCGACCGGAAGCUGAUGGAAUGGAUUCUGGCCGCAGAUCGAUUGCACAAGGUGAUGCCGGAUCCCAUGGCGGACACGGUGUGGGUGAGUCCGGUGCUGUUGGUGCGCGAUACGCUCUAUCGGGCCUGGGUAAGGCUGUUUAUGGAGAUAUUCGUGCUGAGUCCUCCAACUGGUUCCGGUCUGUGA